UAUUGAAGAAGACUUGAAACUAGAGAUUGAGACCAUCGGUGUGUAUGUUGUUUUACAUGAGGUUACUAAUGCGUUUAAAGCAUUAUCAGGUCCGAAUGACAUUAGAGGUGCGUUCCAAAACUGUUCACAGCGCUGCAUCUUCCAGGAGUCGGUGUGUGCGUCCUGUCUGCCAGUCAGCAUGUGCGUUGUAGUUCAGCGUCGUCUUGUUAGUGUGGACUCGUCAGGCCGACCUGUCUCAUCCUCUCACAUCAACCAGCAGCCUCUUCUCCCUCACACACACACACACACACACACACACACAGAGACAUACACACAGACAGACAGAGGCUGUCCUCCGGCCAUAGUGUCAAUGUCAACGUUGCAUCUGGUAUACACGACAAUAGGCACGUACUCCCACCGCACACACACACACACACACACACACACACACACACACACACACGGACACACAGACACACACAGGCUAACAGGAUAAUGACUGGCCAAUUAGGGGCAGGCUUGAUCUGUCUGGAUGUAUCCAGUCAUCUUAGCCCCUCCAGCGGCCAUUACUCAGGCAUGGACACACACACACACACACAAACUCACUAGCACACACACACACUAACACAUGCAAACACACUUGACUGGAUGCAGCGCUGUGAAAAGCUGGCUGCUCUACCAGGCGACCUGUGUGUGUGUGUGUGUGUGUGUGUGUGGGAAUUUUAUUCUUGCGUGCACCGCUUUCAUAAACUGACCGUUUUCAUUUUAAAUGGAAUAAUACCUUCAGUCAUCGCUGCCCUUCUGGCUGCAGGAGUGCAGCAGCAAACAUUUGUACAUGUGGUGCGCUCACGAGUCUGUUUUUGGUCGUGUGUGUUUUAGGAAACUGUGUGUGUGAGUGUGAAAAGCAGUGACGUGCAUAUAAAAGGGUUUAAAUACAGUGUCAAAAUCUGAGUCAGCGACUGUAAAGUUCAAGCGGAGUUAAAUGUAUUUACAGAGACCUUAACAACAAAAAGGGAUGAGUCACAAUGCUCUUUGCAGGAAAAACAGAUUAAUAAGAAUAAGACCAAGAAAUAGUCUGUUAUGUGUCUGUUAAAAGGAAUUCGUCAUUAAUUCUAACUAAGUACAACAUGAAGCUGUUUACCUUUUAUUAAACAGUUUGACCUUAGAGAGUGUAAGAAAUGUAUGAAGAGACACAUUUUACACAGACGUUGCUCGAUCUCUCCAGGGUGAUUGAUUACAACGUACAUGCACAGUGUGCGAGGUGUGUGUGUGUGUGUGUGUGUGUGUGUGCUGUCUGUCUGUUGACGAUGUUGGCCUUAACUGACGCUGCACUCCGUUUGAGUGGAUGAUCCUCACCACCAUCAUUGCAAACUGCAUCGUCCUGGCUCUGGAGCAGCAUCUUCCUGAUGGAGACAAGACGCCUCUCUCUGAACGACUGGAGGAGACGGAGCCCUACUUCAUCGCCAUCUUCUGUUUUGAGUCGGGGAUAAAGAUCCUGGCUCUGGGUUUUGCGUUACACAAGGGCUCCUAUCUGAGGAACGGCUGGAACGUCAUGGACUUUGUGGUCGUGCUCACCGGGUGAGUCCUCACAAAUAUCUACGUCAUCACUCCAGUUUUAUUUCAACAUUACUUUUUGUAGCUUUUUUCUUUAUAUCUUCAGUUUUUGUCCUGUGGGAAUCACUGUCAUUUCCAUGAGUUUUGACACUUUAUUUUUAUUUCUAUGUUUCUACUGACCCCCCCCCCCCCCCCCCCCGGGUACUGAAAUGUGCAGGAUGUGAUGUGUUGCCAUGGCUACCUGUUCCACUCUGGCGCGGGGUUAGUCGGGGCCAUCUUUCUUUUUUAUUUCCUCUCAGACUCCAGACUGAAUCAUUUUGCAUCACAGCGAGACACAACCAGGAGCUUUUUGUUAAACAGGGUGUCCUCUGUAAUGGAGGGCCGCCGGGCCAAACAAAUAUCAGUGAAAUAGCACCGAACACACUCGAGUCUUUAUCUUACAUGCACUCUGCAGCGGAGCGCCGCCGUGCGUCCGUGAACGAGUGUGUGUGUCUGCUCAAAUGUCUGCGUCUCUGUAAUCUACAUCCUCAGAGUCAGCUGAAGGUAAAGUGAACAUGAAGUUGUCUGCACCGCUGGAAGUGACGUAAAGAAGCCUUUUUAUGUGCAGUGAGCGCUGCACCAGACUCAGCUUAAAGAAAGAGCACUUUUAAGUGCCGUGUUGUUUGUCGGUGACCAAUCAUCUGAUAGUUCAGCUUUGUGCAGAUAACACGCCGGUCAUCAUGUUGCUUUAAUGAGAACUCCACUCCUGCCGUGUGUUCCUGGUGUCCUUCACCGCUGCUUUGGAAGAGAAAUAACAGGCGGACCAGCUUUAAAAGUGACAAAUAAGUGACAAUAAGUGACAAUAAGUGACAAUAAGUGACAAUAAGUGACAAUAAGUGGGGCUAAUCUAUACUGAUGUGAAGAGUGAUUCAUGUGGAUAAUAAAAAGGACAAAUAUUCGUAAUAGCAACUUAAUAUUAAAGAAAGAAGUGAGGCGAGACACUGAGAGCGUUCAACCAGGUUUCUCUUCAUCCGUUAUUCUGGAGGAAGAUUUUAGUUUAUUUUGUUUUUAUUUGUCAAGAAAUAUUAGAACGUUAUCAGCGUUUACAAAACGAACAAUCAAAGUAACAAUCAGAUGAAAAACAAACAAAUCCAAACAUCAUCUUAAUCGUGUCUUUUAUUUUUAGUUACUCCACCAAAUGUGUAUAAUGAGUUAUUACUAACUUACUACUUAAUUUUCAGUGUGUGUGUGUGUGUGUGUGUGUGUGUGUGUGUGUGGGACACACACACACACACAGUCAUGUCAGUGAAUCCAGU